CCAUGCACCCACAUCCCUCUCCAUCGUCCCACUCGCCGCCACCUCCAUGCGAAAAAACAGAUCACCACCCUCCCCAUCCCCUCGAGCUCCAGAUCUUCCCCGUCGACCCUCCCCGUCGACCCUCCCCGCGCGGCGCCUCCCCGUCCGCUUAGCAGGACACACAUCUUCUUCUUCCCCCUCCGACUCCGAGAUCCAAACAACCAAACUGACAGCAGCCCAGAUCCACCCACCCCACCCCUCUCGCCCCCACCGGUGCGUUUAGCGGCGGUCGCCGGAGAGGUUUCCACCCGCGGCGCCCAUGGGUUUAGCGGCGGGCGGCGGCGAGACGAGAUGCUGACCAAGUUCGAGACCAAGAGCAACCGGGUCAAGGGGCUCGCCUUCCACCCGUGGCGCCCAUGGAUCCUCGCGAGCCUCCACAGCGGGGUCAUCCAGAUGUGGGACUACCGCAUGGGCACCCUCCUCCACCGCUUCGACGAGCACGACGGCCCCGUCCGCGGCGUCCACUUCCACAAGACGCAGCUGCUCUUCGUUUCCGGAGAUACAACAACCUUGUUGUUGCUGUUGCUGGGCGCGCGCAGGUCAGGCGUGAUUCAAGGCUCACGGGGAGAGAUGACAAGCGACAAUUAGACAUGAACCGAGAAGUCUUUCCUCAAGCAGCAAAAGGUUUUUGCUCAGGACUGACGAGGCUUGUGUGGAGUUUCUGGAUUGAUGACAAGGCUGGUGUCUCGGCCUGAUUCUUUGUUGUAGAAUAGUUUUGCUUGGCACUUGCUGGUUCUUGCAAUGUAAAGAUCUGCACUCUUGGAAUGAAUGGUUGUAAUGUUAUAUUUUGGGCUCUUAUAAAUUUUCAUGUUGCUUUGGAAA